UCUCGCACUACCCUUACGCGUAGACGCGGACGUCGCUCAACUACUAGACAGCAAGACACGUUUACUACGUCGCACGAGCUCUCGUCUGUGUUGUGUAGCAACGCAACUUGCCACAAUGUUGCUCUCACUAGCGCAGACCGCCGUCAUUAUGGAGGACGAAGAUUACGGCGACGACGACUGCGACUCACGUUGCUCGGUUGAAUCUUCACUUUUCGUCAAGAAACAAACAGGAACGAAGCAGAAAUGGACGAGAGAUGAUGAUCAGCUGCUGCUUCUUGUCAUAAACAGUGAUCGUUGUCAACAUCCAAUCAACUGGCAAAAUGUGUCUCAAAAUUUUUCUGGGAAAAGUGCUGGAGAUUGUCAGCAGAGGUUCCACAAGUUGAGGCAAGCUGAGAUGGUGAAAGGUGGAUGGACUAAUCAGGAGGACGACCAGCUGCGAGUACUUGUUGAACGGUAUGGACCACGUCAAUGGUCUAAAAUUGCAGAACACAUGCCUGGUAGAAUCGGGAAACAAUGUCGUGAACGAUGGCACAAUCACAUCAACCCAGAAGUGAGGAAGACAGCCUGGACUGAAGAAGAGAACUGUAAGAUACUCAAUCUUCACCAAGAACUGGGAAAUAAAUGGGCAGAAAUCGCAAAGCAUCUGCCUGGAAGAACCGACAAUGCUAUAAAGAACCAUUGGAAUUCUACUCUUAAAAAGGCUGUAGAGAAUGGGUGGAUGUCACAAAAACAGAAUUCUGGGGUGAAGUUGGCUUCUGCACCUAUACGAAAUGCAAUUUCAAGAGGUGCGUUUUCUGAUUCUACUAAUGUGUGUCAACGCACACCAGAUAAGGAAAAGUAUCAAACAACAACUCGCAGUCCAGUAACCAGAGGAGAAUGGUCAUUUGAUAUUCCUGGACCCAAUAACACAAAUCGGGCAAAUCAAUUGAAUAUCAGAGAAGUUAUGCCUUUAUUGACAUGUAUUUGUGAAGAUGAAAAGCAUGUACAAGAAUGUCCUGUUGACUCAUCGUGUUUCUCAAUGUACACUCAUUAUCCUUUUUCAAUGGAUGUGCUCAACAUGUCUUUUAAUGCUGGUGAAAUGAAGGAUACAGAAUUGACUUUAACGUCAACAAUGCUGCCUUCUCCUCACAAACAACUGGACAGUUUCCAGGCUAUAAAAGUCAAUUUUGCAGCACCUCCAGCAAUUUUAAGGCGUGGUCAUAAAAGAAAGAUUUCUGAGUGUCAAUCUGUACCUCAUUCUGUGUCUGUCUCUACUCCUCAAAGCACUCCAAUAAAGUCGUCAUUUUCUCCAUCGGUUUUUCUGAAUAGUCCAGAUACAGUCAACAGAUGUCGUUCAGUAGCUAAAGAAUCUGACCCAUGUGCAGGACCAUCAUAUACAUCGACACCAAGAUCUACUGUCAAGUCUGGUCGCUGCACACCAUCUGCCAAGAGACUUUGUAGUAGUACUGUCAAGAUGGAAAAUGUUAACAAAAGUCUUCUGGAUUGUUCUCCCUGCACUCCUACACCACUUAGAACAACAAUUAGCAAAGACAGAAAAGUGGGACGAGCGUCAGUCAAGGUUUUAUCGCACAAGCUGAACGACAUUUCCUGUAAAUCAGACAUUAAAUGUAGUGAUUCAUCAAAGUUAUGUACAGAAGAUAUGUCACAACAGUCAGAAAGACGUACGUUAGAUCUAGAGGAAAAGUUUCAGCAAAAGUUACAAUUGCAGCCGGUUGCUGAUGUUACAUACAGACCAACAGAUGAACCAUCAUGUGACAUUGCACUGGGAGUUACUCCACUGGAGGAUUAUGAGCGAGAGUUGUAUUCUAGUGAACCAGCGUUUGCUCUCAACAAGCUGACACAUUGGGAGCAAAUAGCUUUGGGUCAAUCAGAAGACCAGAAGACGCUGACUCUUCAAGCUCGCCGUUGGAUUCGUCAUUGUAAACCUCGAUCUCUUUGGCUUUGAUAGUCUGAUGCCUGUGAAUAGCAGAUUUGUUCACUGUACAGUGACUUAUUAUUCAUUUGUUGACGACGGACACAAUGAUGAAUGGAACUUAUAUAUAUAUAUAUAUUAUUGAAAAAGGACACUUUUAAUUGCAAACAUGACUUGUGCGUUCGCUCUGUUGGUACAA